CGAGUAACUUUAAAUCCAAGGACAGGCCAUGUAGCUAUAUCUAUGUUAUUCAAAAAAUUUAAUUCCUUACUAUAUGUUUGUCACACGAAUUACCCUUAAGUCUUAAGGUAGACCAUGGCAUCUCAAGAAAAUUUGAUAUCUGAAGAUGAAAGCAUCAACCAAACCGAACCAUGGCAGUUCGAGAAUGCUCUUUCGCGGUCUGACAGAGAGACACUCACUUCCUUCACAAUGUUAUCGGAUUUUUUGGGACAACAAUUACCCAACUUUUCCUCGUACUCGCUUAACUUAAUGGGGGUCUUGGCAUGUAUAGUCAACGAAAUUAUUGCUUUGGCAACGCCCGAGUCUCCUUUGUGGAGUAGAUCACAAUGUGAAAACAUAGAGAUGCUGAAUCUGAACGAGUACUACUCUCAAUUCUUUCCUUGGUAUGCAAAAAAUGUCCCAAGGUUUUUCCAUGAGGCGUCAAGAGCUUCUGCAGUAAUCCGCGUUGAUGCUUCAUGGCUUGUGAGAAAACUUGAAAAUCCUGUGCGUUGGGUGAGUAUUUUCCCAUCACUCGUUGGAAAUGUGUCAAUCGAAUCAAGCAACGACGAUGUUAAGAUGAUUGAUAUGGAGUUUCUAACAUUAAUCACCCCGGUAAUUCCGACCCGAAAAAUAAAAGUUCUCCGAUAUUGUCACCGUAUAGGAAAUGAUACAUGGAUUAUAGCAGAUAUCUCCAUGUAUUUAAGCUCCUAUUCAGACGAUUUACGACCUGAGUUUCUCAGAUUUCCUUCUGGAUUUAUUAUUCAACAUCUUCCAAAUGGUCACGCAGUAGUCAAUUCGACCGGUCGUGACAACUUGCUCGAAGUAUCAAGGCAUAUGGUUCACUUAUUUUGCUCCGGUACGUGUGGGGUAAUCGGGUACCAAUGGAGGCGGCUCGGUGCGGGUCGAACGUUUGACGUCAGAGUUUUCACUCGAGAGAGUCCAGACAUGAUAAGGCACCCUUGUGGUAUUAUUAGCGCUAGCGGUUUGGCUAAAAUACAUGCUAAACCGGAAAUGCUAUUUCCUUUCAUCUACGGUGUGAAGAAACGAGAGAUAUUCAACCACUUACGAUUAUCUGGAAAUGGUUUAAAACAAGUGCUUCGGAUCACAAGAGACGACACUACUCCGAGGAAUGACGUCUCCCUAUUCAGUUUCCGGCUGAAUAAUUCUACGGAGGUGUUUUUGCUUCAAGAAGCAUACAAUGAGGCAUCAUCGUCGAUGGUGAUCCACUCGAUUCUUGACGAGUCAUCUCUUCGGAAAAUUAUAAACGGUGAUAGUUCGUUCUCCAUUACCUAUCCGUGUGGAUUCACCAUAAUGCCCGGCCAAAACUCAGGCGAUGAAGAAGCUGGAUGUGUUGUGUCGGUUGGAUUUCAGGCGAUUGUAACUGAAGCGAUUGUAGCGAAUACAAUGAUGAGUAAUGUGGAGAAACUUUAUCUGAUACUUUUACAAAUUUCGAGAAUGUCUUAGCAGCAAAUUGGUAACCCCAUUUUAGAGCUUUCAUGAACUUGGCAUUUUAGUUGUGUUGUUUGGAAAAGUUUGAAACUUAUAAGUCAUAUUAUAUCAACUUGUAUGUAUUCACAUGCAAACUUAUUCUACCUUAAUUUUAAUAUAUAUUGGCAUUAUCUAUUGUACC